CUAGAAUUUCACCCCUCAAUGUCGACGACAUCUGGACGCGUCGGAUAUCUCUCUUGGACACCGCGAGACGCGUAUCUGAGCCCAGGAAACCUGGUGUGCUCAAUAACAGCCAUCGCCGUUGUCGUUCUUCGCUUGGAAGCCGAGGCCUAUCAACCAAACUGCGCAGAAUGAUCCCUGACUGCCUUCUCUUUGUUUCCAGCUUCCAUGUCCUCCGAGACGAUUCCUCUUCUAGAGGUAGACCCCGAUUAUCACUGUGAGGAAGAUGUCUACAGUCGCUUCACGCCAGCCAGGAAGAGGACUAUCGUAGCACUCGUCUCAUGGAGCGCUUUGCUUCCUAGUACGGCCAUCGUUGCGAGCCAUGCAUGAUACCCAACUUACGUCUCUAGUGUUCGCCUCUGGCACCUUUGUUCCUUCCAUACCACAAAUCGCCGUAGAUCUCAAUUCAACAGGUCCGACCAUCAGCUUUGCAGUGAGUCUCUCCAUUCUUGCGUCGGCCCUGGGUGCUAUGGUGUCUGCUACCUACUCCUCGUUUUAUGGCCGCCGCCCCGUCUACCUGAUAGGCACCCCCCUCCUUUGCAUCGGCUCCAUUGGCGUCGCACUCUCCAACGGUGUCGCAGAAAUGAUGAUAUGGCGCCUCAUUCAAGCACUCGGCACCUCUGGAGGCAUGUCCAUCGGCGCUGCGGUUAUAGGCGAUAUCUACAAGCUCACCCAACGCGGGACAGCCAUGGGGAUCUUCUUCGGUGCAUCCCUUUUGGGACCGGCACUCGCACCCGUUGCAGGUGGUUGGGGCGCGCAUUAUGCGUCAUGGAGAUGGACGCAGAUUGCUCUUGCUAUUUGGGGCUUUUUGGCUUUCUUAUCCAUAUUAUUGUUCUUUCCAGAGACAAGUCACCCAGGAUCCCGGGGGAUCGACAAGCUUCGUGAACUUGAAGGCCAAUCGUCCAAGCGCUGUAUAUGGGUAUGGCUCAAUCCUUUUGCGUCUCUGACUUUGCUGCGAAGUCCGAACCUUGUACUUUCUACACUUGCCGGAGCAGCCGUCUUAAUAACAGAUUAUGUGCUACUAAUGCCCGUGGCCUACACCAUCGGUGUCAAGUAUAACAUCACCAAUGAAUUUCUCAUAGGCGCAUGCUUUAUCCCUUGCGGACUCGGUAACAUAAUCGGCGCCCCCAUAGCAGGCUGGCUCUCAGACCGCGUGGUCAUCGCUUCCCGUACCAAAUACGGCACUGACAUCUGGCGACCCGAGGCACGCCUCAAGGCCGCUCUUCCAGGCGCUAUGCUCCCCGUUCCUCUGUCAGUCCUACUAUCUGGACUGGUAACGCACUUUGUCCAGGGUAAGGUUGGCCUGAUACUAAACCUCUUCUGCUUCCUCAUGAAUGGGAUCGGCGUGGACCUGGUACUGACUCCGGCGAGCGCAUAUAUCGUGGAUGUGGUGCACGAGAGGAGCGCGGAGGUCAUGGCUGCUACUACCGGGUUGAGGGCGAUCGUGCUUGCAGCCGCGACGUCAGGGAUUUUGCCCUCGAUUAAAUAUAUAGGCGUGCUCGCAACUGACGUGAUUGCGACUGUCAUUGCAUGGUCUGCGUUUGUGAUGAUUUGGGUAAUCAUUCGGUAUGGUCAGAGAAUGCGGGAAUGGGUGGAUGUUGGUUAUACAACAUUGAAAGAUGUAUAGAGUUUAGAGUCUGCAUUGCUACCGGUUGUAACAUAGACCAAUAUGUAUUCUGGCCAACUUUAUCUAAUUCCUA